CUAAGGUUAUCUCUGGUAACCAUUUUUUACAUCAGUUAUUUUUGAUUAUGAAUACUAACAACAGAUGAUUUAAAAUGGAUCUCUUAGAAACAGUUUUAAGUUCUGGUGGCUUUGGAGAAUUUGUUGAAAACUUUAGAGCAAAUAAGAUUGAUUCUUUUAGUUUAAAACUUUUGAGUGAUCAAGAUCUAGAAUUGUUAGGAAUAGAGGAUGGAACUCAACGUCAAAAAUUAAUGGAAGUAAUAAAUAAUUUACAGAUACCCGCAGAGAAAAGAUCUAAUACAAAAGGGGAUACAGCAUAUGCAUUGCUAGUUCUAACAAACAUUUGUCUACAACUUCAAAAGCAAUUUGCAAAUUUGACUUACAUAUUAAAAAGAGAGGAUAUAGAUAUUUGUGACAUACAAUUAACACCAGCUGUACUAGCUUUACAAAACAAUAUAAGUUCAAUGGAAUCAACUUUAAAUGUUUUUGAAAGAAAGGUUUUGAAAGUACCAAAAAAGAAAAAGAAGAAACUGUAUUUUAUUAUUCCAACAUUGAUUAUAUCCUCAAUGACUUUAUUUACUUGUGGCCGAUACCUGCUAAAAAAUUCAUGAAAUGUGACGCUUGUGUGAUUAUUUGAAUCUCAAAGAACCUAUAAUAUUCCCAUAUAAAAUUUCAUUUAACAUGUAUCUUCUGAUUAAACAUAGUAAUACAUUCCACUAGUAUUUUCGGGAACAUUUACCUUCGGUCUCUGAAGACUAAAACACAUAUCACAUGAUGUAAUUGUUAAUUGUAAAUAAAUAAUAACCAGUGCUCAAUAGGCAUUUAAAGAAUAUAAUAUGGAGACGCGGGUGAUUGAAACCAAAAAUUCCACAAAGAGAGAAGAAAACGCCAGAAAUCUAUCUUUGCUUUAUUACUAUCUUGUAAUUAUAUGAUUAACUCUUAAUCAUGAGUGUGUAUCUCUGUGUAACUGUCCAUGUUAUUGAUUCAUCAUCCAACUGUUAGAUUUAUACAUAUCAUCAACUUAAUGUUCAAAAUACACUUUUUGUAGGAUUAGGAAAAUUACACUCAAAUUUGAAACACGAAAUACUUUUUAUUUAGUUACGUUUAUGCCGUUAUAUUUGGAUUCUAAGUUUGUAGCAAUAUUUAAAAUGUAUGUUGAAUAUUUUUAAGAUCCCUUUAAAUUGGAUUUUUAACAAAAUUUUGGACAUUAAACGUUAAUGAUUUUUUGCGGAUAUUGAACAGGUUUUGAAGAUUAUACAAUUCUGCCAUUCUCUCAAAUUAUUAGCUGCUUUCUCUCCUUUAUCUUGGGUUAAAUUUCAAAUUAAAAAAGGACUAGAACUUUUGACAAUGUAAUUGUAAAACGACUACAAAUAUGUAUAUAAAUAAACGUCAAUGUCAAAAAAAUAGUUACAGAAGUAAAUAGGUAAACGGUAAGUCAAUUAUUGUUGACUUACCGUUGUUGUCAUGACUUUUUCAAGUGGAAGCGCACUUCUUUGUGAUUAGUCCGACGAUGAAACUCUGGGCUCCUGAUUAGUCAUAGUACUCGUAUUGUCAACAACAAGUAGGCUUGCAGCCACAUAUUCAGCUUUAGUUUAGCUCAAUGCCACGAUUUGUUGCUUGCGACUCAUUCAUGUAACGGCAUCUCCACCUCAAGUAGUGGAUCCAGAUCUUGAGUGUCGGGUCCCAAGGUCGUUGGCAAAAUCGGAAUCAGUGACGCACUUGAACUCCAAGACCAAAAUGUGAAGUCCCCUUCAAAUGUUUAAAGAUUCCUUUUUACGAUCAAACACCUCUGAAACUAUACUAACAGCAUAUGAUAAGUCCGGACGAGUAGUCAUAGUUAGAUAGAGUAAGCUUCCAACAGCUUGUCUAUAGGCUUUCUCGGUUCUAUUCUUCCGGCGGUUAGGACAAUCGCGAGCCCAAUGGUCUUCCUGGUGGCAUUUAUAAUACUUGGACCGACGACCCAUUCGCUGUUGGGAAGAAGUUUUCUCACCGCUAACACCACCAUCGACAUUAUUUUGUGAUGCACGUGAAGUUUCAUUACCACUCCCUUUUUGCUUCAGCGACAGAUUGUCAAGAAGUGCUACUUCAUCAAUUGAUUCCUUGCUCGGCAGAAGCAUUUCAAUUAGUCCCAAACGUUCCGUUGAGCUAUUGAGCGAUCUCUCUUGAAUAAGAACACUAGCCCAGAAACUUUUAAAUUUAAAAAAGGGGGGGAGAGAGAGUUUACAUGAUCCGUCCCAUAAAUAUUAAUUCGGAUAGUUCGGCCUGCUACAGCCUCUUCAAUUCGAUAUUGAGCUCAUUGAAAUCACGCUGAAGGCGCGCAACAAGAUUGACAAUUCCAUACUGAGCAUUCAUUAUUUCAUAAGAAAGAUUCCAGUAGCCUAUCUAAUAUAUGACUUGAACUUAACUCAUACACAGAACUCAAAUAUCCUUGGCCGUUUCACAAGAAGACGUGAGUUCCUCAUUGGUAGCAUUCAGCGUAUUCACCAAAAAGAGCCGAGCAAGCGAGUCCUUGUCCUUAUUGGAACUAUCAGCAGGCAAUGUAAACUUACCAUUUACAACAUCCAAAACUUUUUGAUGCUUCAGCCGUAAGGUGAUUUGCCUUUUCCAACUUGAUCAGUUGCUUCGAUCCUCCAGUUCCUCAAUAGAAGCCUUUAAAUCAAAUGAUCCUGACGUGCUCAGGAUUAGCUGUCAAUACCAUUUUAAAAUUUAAAAAUUGUGAUGUCAUAAAUAUAUUUAUGUUAUACAAAAUGUACUGAUUAAAAAGAAAA